AGAUUGAGGCUUAUCAGAUCCCAGGAUUAUCAUAUCUGCUAGGUGUGUGGAGAGUGCAAGCUGUAGAUCGAAGCCAAAUGAAGCUCGAAAGAGAAGAUUGGAGUCUAUUUUCUGCAAGAACGUCUUCUACUGCUUGGGCUCUCCACGACACUAGCAGAUAUGACCAAAUAAAGCACAUUUCGGCAGAGCUGCAGCCCCCCCAUGAUGCUGUGGAAGGCAUGAGCGUAUUCUACUGGUUCCAAAAUGCCCGUGCAAGAGAGAAACGGCCAAAAAAGAAAGGAGAAGAGGAAGUGGAUAGUGGAGCUCGCAGGAAUCCAUUGGUAGAUACGUCUGAUAUCAGAAAAUUGGAAUCAUUUCAUUUGCAUGCAGAUAUGUAAGGGUGUUGGCAUUCCUGCAAAUGCUUUAUGUUUUGUGUAGUGUAGGGUUUCACAAACAGAGUCUGACUGAGGACAUUCUAAAUAUGAAAAUGUAGUAGCGCAUGGUCUAUGUUGCUGUGAUGCUACUAAAAUAAGAUUACGU